AUGUCUUCAAAGCCGCAAAAGUCUCUUUCGGGCUUAGCAGAGAGCACCAUCUGCCUGCCUGAGCAUGUUGAGACCACUUCACACCUGGCUGACGAGAGUAAUGGCUCAAAUUCCGAUACGGUAACAGAAACCUGGGGUCAGCCUCACCCCUGUGCAAUGAAAGAUGGCGUCUGGCCGGCAAAACCCCGCGGGCAAAAGUCUCCAUUUUCGGCCUGGAAGCAACCAGGAUUUUGGGCAGUCUGGGGCCCACAAUAUGCAGUCUUCUUGUUUUUGCUGUUCCUUUAUACAUUCGGGUUCAUGGCGCUGCCAAGCAUCUGUGUGAUCUUGUCGGCCUCCUUCCUGAUGGUGGCUGGGGUGUUGUUUGCGUUCAAGCACGAAGUGCGAACCUUCCUUCCGGCCUCUUUGAUGUUGCCCGUGGCCACCGCUGCUGGCUCCAUCGGUGGCCUGUACACCUACGAUGUGUAUGCCAUCUAUCCACAAUUCUACAGCAACGCUCGGGUGUAUGCGGAUGUGCUUCCGUCUCAGCCGAGUGCUGCAGUGGCGGAUGCAGGCAAGCUCGUCUUUUCAUCAUCGGCAUUCGUGGAUAUCCAGCAUUCAGUGUCCUACAUCACCGAACGUGGGUCCGUCUUCUGUGUCGCGCCUGUACGUGAUAGCAGCCAGGUCCAGCAGAUGCAGUACUGGGCCGUGGGCACUGGCUGCUGCUCCCUGGAGGGAGGAGACUUCUGGUGUGAUGCUGCCAAGGACAGAAAGGCAACGGGUGGUAUUGUUAUCUUCGACAACGAGGGCUUCUUCUCAUCUAGCAGCUAUGACGAGUACCGCAAGGCGAGCCGGAAAGCCGAAGCAACCUACCAGCUCAUGUCGGUCUCGGAGCCCAGGUACGUGCGCUGGGUCAUGGAUGACAACCUGAAUGCGCUUGCCAAUGAGUACAACAUUAAGACCGCCCUUGCCCUUUGUGGAAUGGCCGUUGCAUACGGCGCCAUCUCAUAUGGGUUGGUCGUCCUUACAGGCAAGCUGCCGUGA